ACUUGUGUGCUUCGCUCUGGGAAUGUGCACACUCUUAUUCGUUGUUAUUGGGAAUGGAUAUGGACAUCAUUAUGAAGUUUUUGACUUUAUUGAUAAGUUUCAGUCCAUGCGUUUUUGGACAGUUUGAGGAUAUUGAUGAUGAUAUUUUCCCCGACUUGACCGAAUUUGAUUAUGGAAUUGCUCCUCGUAGAGUGCCUCGCCAGUUGAAAACUAUGCUUACUAAGGAGACCAAACCACAUAUUCAGGAGCUCUCGGUGAAGACCACUAUCAUCUCCCGGUACGCGUUCACUGCGGUAUCGUGCAUCAUGCUCAACCGGCACUCAGCCGCCGCGGAUGGCGUCUUCCAGUUCCAGAUUCCUAAGAACGCCUAUGUGUCCAACUUCACCAUGAUAAUUGGGGGGCGUGUCUACCCGAGCGAGGUCAGGCCUAAGGAGAAGAAGGUCAAACAGGGCAAGGAGGGUGAGACCAAACCUAAGAACAAGGAGGCAGGUGAACCGAGUAGUGAAGUGGAGAUGGAGAUUUUCCGGAUGGUAGCCAACAUCCCAGGUCGUAAUCGAGGCGUGUUCAUGUUGACUUAUGAAGAGCUGCUCCAGAGGAGGCUGGGAAGGUACGAGCAUGUGACCAGCCUGAGACCCAUGCAGUUGGUCAGCCGUCUCAGAGUGGAUGUCACAAUUGUGGAUCAUUCCACCAUCACCUAUUUGGAGGUGCUGCCGCUACGCAAUGGAAAGAGCAACGGCCUAGUAACCAAUGGUGCCAAUGGAGCCAAGGCACCAGUCAAGUCUGCGCUACCCGUGUCCACGGUCAUCAAACAGAACAAAACGUUCUGUACGAUCAGCUUCAGCCCCAACAUUGUUCAGCAGGCCAAGAUCACCACCAGUGGCAUGCUGGGAGAGUUUGUGGUGCGCUACGACGUGGAGAGAGAACUGGGGAUCGGAGAUAUACAGGUUCUCAACGGCCAUUUUGUCCACUACUUCGCCCCCAAGGACCUGCCGGUGGUGCCCAAAAACGUUGUGUUUGUCAUCGACACCAGCGCCUCUAUGCUCGGGACCAAAAUGAAACAGACUAAGGAAGCCCUGUUUACCAUCCUGAGCGACCUGCGUCCAAGUGACCGUUUCAACUUUGUCAGCUUCUCCAGCCGUAUCAAGGUGUGGCAACCGAAGCAUCUGGUCUCUGUUACACCCCUCAACGUCCGAGACGCCAAGAAGUUCAUCUAUGGGCUCCAUCCCACUGGUGGUACGAACAUCGACAGUGCCAUGCAGGCGGGCUCCACGUUGCUAAGCAACCACCUGAACAACGUUCCAGAUGCCAACCACAACAGUGUCUCCCUCAUCAUCUUCCUGACGGACGGGCGGCCCACAGUUGGCGAGCGGCGGUCUCCCAGCAUCCUCAGUAACACACGGGCGUCGGUGAACGAGCGGUUCUGUGUGUUCACCAUCGGGAUCGGGAAUGACGUGGACUACAGACUCCUGGAGCGCAUGGCCCUGGAGAACUGCGGGAUGACGCGGAGGAUUCACGAGGAUUCAGACGCCAGCGCCAUGCUUAAAGGGUUUUAUGAUGAGAUAGGCACCCCGCUGCUGUCUGAUAUCAGGGUAAACUACACAGAGGACUUGGUCCAGUACGUCACCCAGCACCUCUUCACAAACUACUUCAACGGCUCCGAGAUCGUCAUCGCCGGCAAACUGACCAACCAGAGUGCCGAAUCCCUGCAUGUCCAGGUCACCGCCAGCAACAGCGACAAAAGCAUCGUCCUGGAGACGGAUGUAGCGCUGUGGCAGCGGGAGGCGGAGACGGAGCGGCACGUGAAGGAGGCAGCGGCCGGGGUGGGGCCUGGGGGGGCGGGGACGGAGACGGCGGGGUCGUUGGCGGAGGGUUUUGUGGAGCGCGUUUGGGGUUUCCUCAGUGUUAAGGAGGGGCUGAGGUCCAGGCUGAAGAGCCAGACCAGCAGUGAGAGAGAGGAACAUACCCAGCAGGCAACAAACCUAUCCCUGACCUACCACUUCCUCACCCCCCUGACCUCCCUGGUAGUGGAGAAACCUCAAGUGCUCGCCGACGGAACCAUGGCCCAGGACACCCCCACCCCCACCCUCGCAACCACAGAAACAGAUAAGAACGCUGUUUCAGCCAAUGAGCUGUCAGAGGUGACCGGAAUGGAAGAACACACCGCCCAGAGCCUGCACUUGAAGAAAGACCAGCUGGCCGUCCAAAGUUCAGCAGUUUCCAAGGCAACACGUGAUGUCGUGAAGGGGCCGGUCAAAAAGUCUGUCACCAUCUCCAAAACGUCAGCGGAUGGUGACCCCCACUUUGUGGUAGAGAUCCCCCUGAGUAAACUGACUGUGUGUUUCAACAUUAACGGAGAGCCAGGACACAUCCUCAGAAUGGUGACUGACCACAAACAUUCAGGAGUGACGGUGAACGGUAAGCUGAUCGGUGCCCCACCACCCCCGGGCAGCCACAAGCAGCAGCGGACCUACUUCAGCACCAUUACCAUCGUGGUGGAUCGGCCCAAGCGGGCCUACAUCGAGGUCACUCCGAAGAAGGUCAUCCUGGACGGACACGACCGCCUGGUCCUGCCUUGCGACACCACCGCAUCGGUGGAGAGCGGCGGGCUGGCCGUGGCGAUAGCGGGCAAGUCCAAUGUGACCGUCACCAUUGGAGGAACCAUUAGUUUUGUCAUACUGAUGCAUCAGUACAAAAACCCUGCUCCCUACCAGAGAGACCAUCUGGGGUUCUACAUCUCCAACAGCAAGGGGCUGUCACACGACUCUCAUGGACUACUAGGUCAAUUCCUGCAUGAGGAAGUGGGAUUGGCAUAUCUUCCUGGAAACAACACCACAACGGGAGGCAACAGCACAUCGUCACAGACACACAUCCUGAAGGUCAAGGGGCGUUCUGUGCCGGUGGUCCAGAAGACACGGCGUAUCUACGGUGGACGUCAGAGCGUCGACUGCUGGUUUGCCAGGAACAAUGCAGCCAAGCUGAUCGACGGAACAUAUGAGGACUAUGUGGUGUCACACCUGUUCGACUUGGCCGAUUGGCCCUGCGGAAGUAACAAAGCCUGGAACUGAAGCCAGUAAGGAGCCUGCAGAAGACUUGUCCUGCCCACGCAUGUAACUGUAGCCCAAAUACAGAUACAGCCGACAAACACUUUUCAUAGCGUCUGACUCUGGAUCUUUAAAUCUGUAAAACCCCACACAGUCUUUUUUUUUAAAUCCAAUAUACAAAAUCUUCUCCAAGCCCAUCUGUUUUACAUUGUAAAUAAUAGACAUAAUUUCAUUUGGGAAAGUGUUAAUUGAGGUAUCCCAUGCCCCUACACCUGUGUGUCUUUCAGCCACAGAAAUGAAUAGAGUGUGCAUCCUUAUCUACUCUGGUGAUCAUCAUGACAUGAGAAAUGAUUAGCCAGUGAAGUUAGAUGUCCCAACCACUGGACUGUUUUCAAAUGUUGGAAGCCAUACUGCCUCUGUCACUCUAUAGCAGUGCUUUCAACACACAUUCUGCUGCCACCUCCAGUAGUUUUUCACUUUUUCCUAAGGAGCGCUUGGAUUGAUUAGCCAAACGUCAGUACUCUCGAAUAUAUUUUUAUACUAUUUUUAAUAUAAUGGAAAUAAGGACAUUGUUUGGUGUGUCAUUUU